UUUUCCUUCUGGGUACAGUAGUCUAGCAAGGCGACCUGCGUAUUAGGGUUUAUAUUCUCGACUAGCUCCUUCCUAAGGUUCUUCCAACAUCCCAUCGGUCGCUCCUGUGCCGAGCGAUUCCUUAUUUCUCCUGCGGCCUUCUGCUCCGAUCUUCCUAGCAGCUUUUUGCAUAGGCGUGCUUAUGUGUUGUAAUGGCCACUAAUCCUCAGACAUCUGGUGCGCAGCCACUUCGGCCUCCUGCAGUUGGGUCCAUGGGUUCGCAAAGUUUUGGUCCACCCCUAUCUAUGCAAUUUCGGCCUGCGGUUGCAGCACAGCAAGGACAGCCAUAUAUUCCGGUAGGUUCUCAACAAUUUCGGCCAGUUGGACAAGGUAUUUCUUCACCAAACAUUGGGAUGCCUUCCAUUCAAAGUCAGCCGCCACAAUUUUCUCAACCAAUGCAGCAGUUACCUAUGAGACCUGGUCAAUCUGGUCAUGCCGCCGCACCUUCAUCACAGGCCAUUCCAAUGUCAUUUAUGCAGCCAAACAGGCCAUUUACGUCCGAUUCUAUCCAGUCUCAGCAAACAGUUCCCCCUUUAAGUAAUCAUAUGCCUGGUUUAAAUGGUCCUGGAAUGCCUCUUUCCUCACCAUAUAUGUAUGCGCCGUCUUCUUUUGGUCAGCAUCAGAAUAAUGUUAAUGCACCAUCCCAGUUCCAACCAAUAUCUCAAAUUCAUGCACCAGUAGUGCCUGUUGGGGGCCAACCUUGGUUUUCAUCUGGAAGUCAGAGCACAGCGCUUGUCACUCCUGUGCAGCCUGGUCAACAACCUUCAGCUAAUGCUGCCACAGUUUCAGCGGUUCCUAAUCCUACUCAGCAGUCGUCAUCUGAUUGGCAAGAACAUACUUCUACUGAUGGGAGAAGAUAUUAUCACAAUCGAAAGACAAAACAGUCGAGUUGGGAGAAGCCCUUGGAAUUAAUGACGCCUAUUGAGCGGGCUGAUGCAUCAACUGUUUGGAAGGAAUUCACCACUCAGGAUGGAAAGAAAUAUUAUUACAACAAGCUUACAAAGCAAUCUAAAUGGACGAUACCUGAGGAAUUGAAGUUGGCACGCGAACAAGCUGAAAAAGUAGUUAGCCAGGGAGCACAAUCAGAAUCAGUUGUGGCUUUUCAUGCUCCAUCUGUUGCUGCUAUAUCUUCUGUUGAAACACCACCUUCUGCAGCCAUUUCAGUUAGCUCUACCACUUCUUCCACAGUGUCUGUUGCAACUGCAAGCCCGGUUCCAGUUACACCCGUUGUUGCUGCUGUUAGUCAGCCCUCAGUGUUGGUUUCUGGACAGACAGAUGUCCCCAUUUCAAAUCCUGUUGCAACAGCAAAUAUGGUUGGAGCUCACUCCCCUGCUGUAACAGUUACUCCUUUAUCUGGCACAGUUUCAGGAAGUACUGCAGCUUCUGUCUCUUCGAUGAAUGCCAACGCAGCGUCAUUGAGUAGCUUUGUUAAUCAAUCUCAAGAUGUGACAAAUUCUUCAGAUGGGGCUUCUAUGCAGGAUAUUGAGGAAGCAAAAAAGGGUAUGGCAGUUGCUGGAAAAAUUAACGUGACUCCGUUAGAAGAGAAAACAGUUGAUGAUGAACCUUUAGUCUAUGCCAGUAAGCUGGAGGCAAAAAAUGCUUUCAAAGCACUUCUGGAAUCAGCGAAUGUUGAAUCUGACUGGACCUGGGACCAGGCAAUGAGAGUGAUAAUUAAUGACAAAAGGUAUGGUGCUCUCAAAACUCUUGGUGAGCGGAAGCAAGCAUUUAAUGAGUACUUGGGUCAAAGGAAAAAAUUGGAGGUUGAGGAGAGGCGUGCAAAGCAGAGGAAAGCACGAGAAGAGUUCAUAAAGAUGUUGGAGGAGUCCAAGGAACUUACAUCAGCCACAAGAUGGAGCAAGGCUGUAACAAUGUUUGAAGAUGAUGAACGGUUCAAGGCUGUUGAACGAGCUAGAGACCGUGAAGAUCUUUUCCAUAGUUACUUGGAUGAACUUCAGGAGAAGGAAAAGAUUAAGGCUCGUGAGGAGCUUGAGCGAAAUAAAAUUGAAUACAGGAAAUUUUUGGAAUCCUGUGACUUUAUUAAGGUGAACAGUCAGUGGCGGAAAGUUCAGGAUCGCUUAGAGGAUGAUGAAAGAUGUUCACGGCUGGAGAAAAUUGAUCGUUUGGAAGUUUUCCAGGAAUAUAUCCGUGACUUGGAGAGGGAAGAAGAGGAACAGAGGAAGAUGCAAAAGGAGCAAUUGAGGCGGACCGAGCGGAAAAACCGUGAUGAGUUUCGCAGGUUGAUGGAAGAACAUGUUGCUGCUGGCACUCUUACUGCUAAAACCCAUUGGCGUGAAUACUGUAUUAAGGUUAAGGAGUUGCCGCAAUAUCUGGCAGUUGCAUCAAACACAUCAGGUUCAACACCAAAAGAUUUAUUUGAGGAUGUGGCUGAGGAAUUAGAGAAGCAGUACCAUGAAGACAAAACUCGUAUUAAAGAUGCCAUGAAGAUUGUGAAGGUUACCAUGACAUCAGCAUCGAUAUUUGAAGACUUCAAAGCUAGCAUUUUGGAGGAAAUUGAUUCCCCAUACGUAUCAGAUGUUAACUUGAAGCUUGUAUUUGAGGAGCUUCUUGAGAGAAUCAAGGAGAGGGAAGAGAAAGAAGCUAAAAAGCGUCAACGUCUCGCAGAUGACUUCACUAGCCUAUUGCGCACCUUCAAGGAAAUAACUGCUUCUUCUAAAUGGGAGGAUUGCAGACGGUUUUUUGAAGAUAGCCAAGAGUACAGUUCAAUUGGGGAAGAGAGCUUUGGAAGGGAGAUAUUUGAGGAAUACAUUGCGCACUUACAGGAGAAAGCAAAAGAGAAAGAACGCAAGCGCGAGGAGGAAAAGGCCAAGAAAGACAGAGAGAGAGAAGAGAAAGAGAAGAGGAAAGAGAAAGAGAGAAAGGAAAAGGAGAGAGAACGUGAAAGAGAGAAGGGGAAGGAACGGUCAAAGAAGGAUGAGACAGAGAGUGAAAAUGUAGAUGUGACUGAUGGUUAUGACUAUAAAGAGGACAAAAAAAGGGAAAAAGACAAAGAUAGGAAACAUCGAAAGCGUCACCAAAGCAACACUGACGAUGUGAUCUCUGAUAAGGAUGAGAAAGAGGAGUCUAAGAAGUCUCGCAGACAUAGCAGUGAUCGUAAAAAAUCUAGGAAGCAUGCAUACACACCUGAAUCGGAUAAUGAAAGCAGGCAUAAAAGACACAAGAGAGAUCAUCGAGAUGGUUCCCGUCGAAAUGGUGGUUAUGAGGAACUUGAAGAUGGUGAGCUUGGUGAGGAUGGGGAAAUCCGGUAGUUGCUGCUUUAUCUCUGCAGGCAUUGAUGAUUUUCCAGCGAGUCAUGACAUUGAACAAUCAUGCGAGGAGAACACAUUUGGGAGCUGCGGGGGCCUUUAGGAAUCUCUGGUGCUUAAGUUAGGAGGAGGUAGGAGUGAAUCCAAGGAAAUAGAGAAGAAUGAGGGGUCAUUAUCUUGCCUCUAUUAAUCCUCCUUUUUUGUAAGCUGACUCUGCUUGUGAGAUCCCUUGGUACGCCUUUGUUAGGCGGUUGAGGCGUUUGAUAUUUGUGAUGUUUGGAAUGGCACAUGAGUUCAAUAAUCUGUUGGCAUCUUGGUUCUAAAACCGAGAUGCAUUGGCUUAUUUAGGUCGGUGAGGCGUCAUGCGCAUAUGUAUUUCUUGCCGAUCCAUGUAUGUGAGCUAAGCAUGGAUGACAUUAAAGGAUUAAGUUUAUUUGUUAAAUUUUUACUAAAGCUGAGCUUGAUUAAAACUUAGAUCAAGUUAUUAUACUUUGUUUAAACUUGUGUAUCAUGUAAAUGAAUGAGGUCACAAGUUCUUUUCAAGUUGACGUAUGAGAUGUUCA